AUGUCCGUCUGUAAUGGAAGCCGUGGGACCCCUUCCUCUUUCAUCCUCCUGGGCAUCCCUGGCCUGGAAGCGGUCUACCACUGGCUCUCCAUCCCUCUUUCGUCCAUGUACAUCGUGACGCUGCUGGGGAACUGCACCCUCUUGUACACCAUUGCGACGGAGCCCAGCCUCCACCGGCCCAUGUACGUCUUCCUCUGCAUGCUGGCCCUCAUCGACCUGGUGCUCUCCACCUCCACCCUGCCCAAGAUGCUCUGCAUCCUCUGGUCCCGAGCUGGGGAGAUCGACUUCAACUCCUGCCUGGUCCAGAUGUUCUUCAUCCACUCCUUCUCCAUCAUGGAGUCGACGGUGCUCGUGGCCAUGGCCUUCGACCGCUACGUGGCCAUCUGCAACCCCCUGAGGUACGACUCCAUCCUAACCAACCCGUUGUUGGCCAAAAUUGGGGCGGUGGUGGUCGUGAGGGGCUCGGCCUUCAUCACCCCCAUUGUCAUCUUGGCGUCCCGCCUGCCGUACUGCAAGACCCACCUCAUCGGCCACACCUACUGCGAGCACAUGGCCGUGGUGAAGCUGGCUUGCUCCAGCAUCGUCGCCAACAUUGUGUACGGCUUGGUGGUGGCUCUCCUCGUGGUGGGGGUGGACUUGCUGUUCAUCACCCUUUCCUACUGCAUGAUCGCCAGGGCGGUCUUGGCCUUGCCGUCCAAAGACGCCCGCCACAAAGCCUUCAGCACCUGCGCGGCUCACGUGGCGGUCAUCCUGGUGUCCUACACCCCGGCGCUUUUCACCAUCCUGACACACCGAUUUGGGCACCACGUGAUGCCUCAUGUGCACAUCCUCCUGGCCAACUUCUACCUCCUCUUCCCCCCCAUGCUGAACCCCAUCGUGUACGGGGUGAAGACCAAGGAGAUCCGUGACUGCGUGAUCCACAUGCUUCUGCGGAGAAAGCACCUUUCCUGA